AUGAGAAGAAAGUCUAGCAACCUGGGCGCGGACAUCCCGGGGGAUACUGGUGCGCCAGCCAUGUCCACAAUGAACGAAGUCAGCCCCAUUGACGGGGAGCCACCACAAUGGGAGAAUGUCCCGUCCCCCGAGAAAGCAGGUAGAACGCAGGCAAAGCGCCGGAAGAGCCGAUCGGCCAUCCGUCAGUUCAAAGAUCUCUGUUUAAAGCAUACCUGGGUGCUUCCUCUCCUGAUGGUCGUUGUCCUCCUUUUGGCGUAUGCCGUUAAUCCAACCCCGUCCAAUCCGCUACACCACGCCAUCUUUCUCUCCUACGCUCAGCCCCCGAAAACUCCCGGUGGUCCAAUCAUGUAUGGAAAAGGUCCCAAGGAUAUCGCAUUCGUCUCGUUCUACACUAUCGUGCUGUCUUUCACACGGGAAUUUUUGAUGCAGCGCUUGAUUCAUCCAUGGGCAGUGUAUUGUGGCAUUCGCGGAAAGGGGAAAACGGCACGAUUUAUGGAGCAGGUCUAUACAGCCAUCUACUUCGUGAUCCUGGGCCCAUUCGGUCUCUACGUCAUGAGCCGAACCGAUAUCUGGUAUUUCAACACAACGGCCAUGUUCGAGGGCUUCCCGCAUCGAGAACACGAUGGUCUGUUCAAGGCUUACUAUCUGCUCCAGGCCAGUUACUGGGCCCAGCAGGCUAUCGUCCUGUUACUGCAGCUGGAAAAACCACGGAAGGAUUUCAAGGAACUUGUGGGCCAUCACAUCAUCACAUUGGCUCUUAUCGCGCUCAGCUAUCGGUUCCAUUUUACCUACUUGGGUCUCGCGGUUUAUAUCACUCAUGAUGUGUCUGACUUCUUCCUCGCGACCUCCAAAACCCUCAAUUACCUCGACUCUAUCAUCACUGCCCCGUACUUCGUGUUCUUUGUUGGCACCUGGAUCUACCUUCGACAUAUUCUGAACCUCAAGUUCCUCUGGGCGGUCUUGACCGAAUUUAGGACCGUCGGCCCCUUCGAGCUCAACUGGGAAACCCAGCAGUAUAAGUGCUGGAUCAGUCAGUACAUAACAUUUGCCCUGCUUGCCAGUCUCCAGGCUGUGAACUUGUUCUGGCUCUUCCUGAUUCUUCGUAUCCUGAAGAAUUAUAUUUUCUCCAACGUGAAGAAGGACGAGAGAAGUGAUGACGAGGAUGACGAGGAUGAGAUCGAGCAACAACAAACGCACAGCACUGCUGCUAUUGCUACAGGUACUGACCAGUCAUCCCUGACCGCUCGCAACAUCAAUGCCACUCCUCAGGUUAUGGUCAACGGACGUCCACUCAAACAGUAA